UCCUUAUCAGAAAUGUCCCAUCUCAUCACCUCUCCCUCCUUCGGGGGUGCCAGCAUCACAAUGCCCCAUAAGAUCGCCGCUUUCGACCACUGCACUGAAGUGAGCGAUUCAGCGCGCGCCAUUGGGGCCAUCAAUACCCUCGUUACUACUCGAUCCCCGCAAGCAAACAGCAAGGUAGUAGUAAAAGGCGACAAUACAGACUGGUCCGGCCUCUACACACUCAUCAUCGACCAUUUAUCCAAAGGAGGUGUACAUACCGCAAAGGCAACCGGCAAAGUAGGCCUCGUCAUCGGGGCAGGUGGUGCCGCGAGAGCCGGAGUGUAUGCGCUCUUACAGGCUCAGUUCUCGACGAUUAUUAUUUGGAAUCGGACUGUCGAGAAGGCGGAGAAGAUUAUUCAGGAUUUUGAUACUCUCAAGAUUGAGGGUAUCGAAAUGAGGGCUGUGGGGAAUGUUAAGGGGAUUGGACCUGUGGAUGUGGUUAUUGGGACUAUUCCUGGGGAUGUUAAGGCGGAGGAGGACUUUGAGGGGCUUUUCCAAGGAUCAGAGACCGGGUUGUGUGUGGAGAUGGCGUAUAAGCCGAAGGUUACACCCCUGAUGAGGGUUGCGGAGAGGCGGGGUUGGGUGGUUAGGGAUGGGUUGGAAGUGUUGCUGAGGCAGGGGUUUGAGCAGUAUCGCUUGUGGACGGGGUUGGAGGCUCCGGAGCUGGUGAUGAGGGAAGCAAUUGGGGAGAGGGAUGGGGUGAGGUCUAAGGUUUGAUUGGAUUUCAUUAGGUAGUUUGUUGGUGUUGAG